AAACCACCUCACAGCCAACAACAACUUAAACCUAGCUGCUCUCAACCAAGAAGAAAAAUGGCUUGCACCACUGAUUUCCGCUGCCUCGACGAAGGAUUCGGCGGCAAAACCGCCAAACGCAAACGCGAAUCUCAAGAGCAAGAAGCCGCCGCCGCCGAUGAAGCCUCGAUGGACAUCGAUUCCGCCCACCCUCCCUCCGCGAAACGCAGCGCCGUCGCCUCCUCGGAAGAUCCAGACAAACCUGUGGCGGUCGCCAUCGGAAAACCGACGUACGACGGCGUAAUCGCCGGGAAAGUCUCGGGACGUAACUGGAAGGCGCCGCGAACGCACAGAUCUUCGGGGAGGUUCGUGAGGAACAAGGUGCCGGAUCUGGAGGAGAUGAAGAGGCAGAGGGAGAUUAAGAAGGCGUAUAGGGAGAGGAUGAAUGAGCUUAAGGAGGAGAUUAGGAGUCACAAGGUGGAGAAGAGGAAGAAGAAGGAAGAGAGGGAGAAGAGGAAAGCUGAGAAUGUUUUGAGGACGGGGACCAAGUUGCAGAAGAUUACCAACCCUAAGACGUUGAAGAAGAUUGCUAAGUCUAAGCAGAGGAAGCAUCUUAAAGUUAUUCCUGAUGAGGUUAAGAGUAUCAAGAAUUAGUGAAAUUGAAAUUUUCUUUUUUAAAAGGAGACAGGUUUUUUGAGUUUUUGUAUUAUCUUGUGACGUUUAGUCAAUCAUGAUGUUAUUUUAUAAUCUGCGGUUAAGAAACAACUUUAAUACUGAGAUUGUGUUUAUCUUUGUCUGAAUUGUGAUUGGUUUUUGUCUGAAUUUCAGUUCUAGUUUUGUUCUCUGAGAGAGGUAUCUUUCUCUAUGGUUAGUCACUUAAAUUAUUCAUGAUCUUACAGAACAUGUAAGUUCAUUU